AUGGCCUCACCCUGGAAGCACCUUCGAAUCGUGGUGCUACACUACUCGGCGAAGAAGAUUCCCUGGACGCGGAGCGGAGGCGGGCGGCCGCGGCGCAUCUGGAGUAGUAUGCAAAGAUCGUCGAGCAGGCAGGAGGUUCAGACGGGGGAGGUGCGAGCCAUAUCGGAGUGGUGGGUUAAACGAGGCAACCAGGCGCUGAAAGCCUGCACUACCCACGCGAAGCUGACGCGAGAUCCAGAGAAGCUGAUAAUGAACAUCCUGCUGCUAAAGAGGGCUCUGAUCGAGAGCCCGCGAGAGUACCCCCAGUGCGCCCAUCUAGUUGGGUUUGGGAAAGAGCCGGAACCGGAGUCGUUCAAGGGAUACACUGACAAAGGGGAGCUGCUUCUACACGUAAGAAAGCGGGUGAAGCUCGCCCAGGAAGAGCGGGAGGGGUUGCGGGCGGCCGCAAAGAUGACGGGCCUGCGCUUAGACAUCGAGGCCUUUUCGGUCGACGCGCACCCCUACUUCUCCGGCAUGCUGCAGGACUACUUUCAUGCACGGCUGGAAGACGAGAGUUUCAUUCAGCUGCUGCCUCUUCCGCUCCCGCUCGUCGCUCGUGGCGUUGUCUUCACUUUCUCAUUUCCAUCCAAACUUCGCCCCCCGGAUGCGGACGCCCGCUUCGGGAUGAGAGAUUGUUUUCUCUCCUGCCGUCAGCGGUGCAAACGGACACGCUGGCCAGAACUCAACGCCAUGGACGAAUUCGUUGCCGUGAGCCCCUUCAUUCCCUGCUACCGGUGCUGGUUCCAAGGCUGCAAAUACGAAGACUCAAAAAACGGGGCGUUCUUCAUGGGAUACUGCGAGCGCCUCAAAACGAUCGGGGAAAAGGGCGGAGGGUGUUGGAUAAAGAUGCGGAAAGACGGACCCACGUGGCCCACGUGGAGUGCGGAAAAGUGGUCGAGGCCGGGCUUGAGAAGCCAGAAAACUGCGGGAACAAGGGGUGGUGUCUGUAUAGCCUGGUACCUUGGCUAA